AUGGAUCACCAAGGGGACAAUCUUAGAGAUUUCUUUCAAACUAAUGGGUGUCAGGUGCUUCAAAGAGUGGAAAACAACUACAGCUUGAAAUAUUUCACAGAAAAUGAGAUACGAAACAUAACUGAUGGGUAUAAAUCUGUUCUUGGAAAAGGGGGAUUUGGUGAGGUCUACAAAGGAACGCUAGAAGACCAAACCUCAGUCGCUGUAAAGAGAUAUAUACAUGGGACCCACAAAGAGGUGUUUGCCAAGGAGGUGAUAGUGCACUCUCAAAUAAACCACAAGAAUGUUGUCAGACUCGUGGGCUGCUGCACAGAAGAAAAUUCUCUAAUGAUUGUCAUGGAGUUUAUCUCUAAUGGGAACCUCGACAGCAUACUUCAUGGCAACAGCACUAACAGUUGGGUUCCCUUCCCUUUGGACAAAAGAAUAAAAAUUGCCAUUGAGGUUGCUGAAGUAUUGGGGUGCAUGCAUUCCAUGUAUAGUCCUGUUCUUCAUGGUGACAUCAAACCUGCUAACAUACUGCUAGACGAAAAUCUUACACCAAAGAUAUCAGAUUUUGGAAUUGCAAGACUCCUUUGUGCUAAUGGGCCUCAGAAAACUACCACUAUCAUUGGUACCAUAGGUUACAUUGAUCCAGCAUACUGUGAGAGUGGAAUUCUAACCCCAAAGAGUGAUGUUUAUAGCUUUGGGGUGGUUUUGCUGGAAAUUGUCACAAGAAAGAAAGUAGUUGAUGCAACCCUUGCUCAAAGUUUCAAUGAGGCCAUUACAAGGGUAGAGGAUGUACAGCACAUGUUCGACAGUGCUACAGAAAACAUGAAGUUUCUUGGAGACAUUGGACAGUUAGCAGCUAAAUGCUUGCGGAGGGAUGCCAUAACACGUCCUGAAAUGGUUGAAGUAGCUACUAGUCUAAGGAUGAUCAGGAAAGCUAUGCAGAGAGAGCAGGAUAAAAAUACGGUGUUUCCUAUUCAUGACAAUGGACCAGAAAAGUAUUAUUUAGACCCAAUUGAUGUUUUUGGUCAACUUUUUAACCAAAAAUCUGAUGUAUAUAGCUUUGGAGUUGUUCUUUUAGAGCUCAUCACUUGGAAGACAGUGAGAUACAUGUACCAUGGUAGGGCUCAUGUGCUUACCACAGACUUCCUUGAUUCUUAUAGGAGAGACCGUAAUGCAAUUGGAAUUUUUGGCAAGGUUUAUGAUUAUUUUGAUGAACAUGAAGGGUACUUUGUUCAUGAGGCCAUUUCCAUUGCCAUCGAUUGCUUACAACCUGAUAUUCAAAUGAGGCCAGAAAUGGAUCAUGUACUUUUCCGUCUCCGGAUCAUUGUUGCUAGAAGCAAACUUGCUGCUGGUAGUAAACUUCAUCCAACUCUCAUAUCAACCAUUUCCAUGGAGGAACUGAAUGAAGUAACCAAAAACUUCAAUGAUGAUGUUCUUAUAGGACAGGGACCAUCCACCAAAUGUUUCCUGGGAGUUCUUAAAGAUGGGCAGAAUUUUGCUGUAAAAAAGCUUGAUAUUUCUGAAGAAAUUCAAGUAGAGGUUCCGACCAUUUUAAGAAUGUGUUACCAUGACAAUGUUGUGCAAUUUCUUGGAUGUUUUCUUGAAGGGAAAACUCGUGUUCUUGCUUAUGAGUACGCCCCAAAGGGCUCCUUAAUGAUAUUCUUCAUGGGCAUCAAGGGAGUCCAACCAGGACCACCUUUAUCAUGGUUGCAGCGUGUGAAGAUCGCUGUAAGUGCUGCAAAAGGCCUCGAGUUCGUCCAUGAGAAGGUUGAUCCUCCCAUCAUCCACAGCAACAUCAAGUCCAGCAAGAUACUUCUCUUUGACAAUGAUGUUGCAAAAAUAGGUGAUAUUGGUGUCUCAAUACAUCAUGCCCCUAACAGGGCUGGUUACCUGGUUGAGACUGUUUGGGGUCCCCAGUACUGUUCUGGCUGGGGAGCACAAGCACCUAAGUGCACAAUCACAGGAGAGUAUAGCAAAAAGAGCGAUGUCUACAGCUUUGGGAUUGUACUAUUGGAGCUUUUAACUGGUCGCAAAGUAAUUGAUAAUACAAUGCCACAUGACCAGAGGAGCCUAGUUACAUGGGCUACACCAAGGUUUAGUGAAGACAAGGUGGAACAGUGCAUAGAUCCAAGGCUUGGAGGAGUAUACCCACUAAAGGCUGUCAGCAAGAUGGCUGCUGUUGCUGCACUGUGCGUACAGUCGGAGCCUGACUGCAGGCCUGAAAUGAACAUUGUCGUCAGGGCUCUGUGCCCGUUACUGAACGAGUCACCAUCUCUGCCUCGGUGA